AUUAUGGAUCUACCACCCGAAGUCCUCGUCGAGAUCUUCAACUUGAUCGACAACAAAGACCUUCCCAACGUGCGCCUCACAUGCAAGAAGCUGUGUGAAGCUGCCAACAGACCUUUCGGAUUCGCCAAUUUCACCGAAAGAGCCCACGUGGUCUCUCCCUACAGCAUCAAUGCGCUUGUUGACAUCACGGAGCAUCCUAUCUUUGGAAGCUAUGUCAAG